AUGGGAUCUGAGCCCACGGAAAAAGAAAUGAUUGUAACUCAGAUUAGUGUUGGGGGGCUGGACAAUAAUGCCACAGCCGACUUGCUCGUCGAUUUUUUCGAAGAUGAAAUCGGAAUGGUUUCGAGGUGCCGGCUGAAGACCUCAUCCACUCCCCCGGGUUCUUAUCCAAAUUUCGAAAUUGACACAUACAACAUACAGCGUAAAGAAGACUAUGAAAAAGUCGAACCCCACGCCUUUAUCCAUUUUAUAUUAGCAAGCUCGGCUACAAAAGCGCUAGACAAGGCAGGCUGUGGGGAGCUUGUUUUAAGGGGCAAACCCUUAAGGAUCAGUUUGGGACCCGAAAACCCGCACCACAUGAGCCAGAGGAGACGGACCACAAAACCGUACAAGUUGCCCGACGUUCUCGUCGAGAUUGGGGUCAUGCGGAGCCGGGAGGAGCUCCUGGUCGGCUGGAGAGGGCCCCACAAGGGCGUCGACUUUCUUGUUGACCCGUUUAACGGGAGGUGCAAGCUCCAGUUCUCAAGGGACACAGCUUUCUCAGCCACGGGUGAGGCCAAGCCUGUCGUGAUCAGGUGUGACUUUAGGAUCGAGUUCAUGCCUAGGGAAAUCAUCGAGAUUAAACAGUGUAAAGAUUUUUCCUCAAUAAUAAUUCUGCUCCAGCUGGCCUCCGCCCCUUUGGUCUACUACCGAACGGCGGAUGACGAUAUUCGGGACCCAGUGCCUUUCGAUUUGUUGGAUGAUGACGACCCAUGGAUCCGGACGACCGAUUUCACGCCCAGUGGGGCCCUCGGCAGAUGCAACACUUACCGAAUCUCUGUUCGGCCUCGAAACGGGAAGGCUCUCCAAGAUGCCUUAGAAUAUCUUCGGACGCGUAGGGUGCCCAUUGUCUACGGAAGCCCGAGGGAGCGCCUUAAAGUGUGUGACGAGCCUGAUUUCGGGCUGCCCAUGUCGGACCAGUUCUUCUGUAUCCAAUAUCGAGAGGGCAUAUCCUUCAAAACUCUGUUCUUAGUGAAUGCCGUCUUACACAAGGGAAUCAUCAACCAGCACCAGAUGUCUGAGAAAUUUUUCGACCUGCUGAGAAGUCAAACUGAGGAGGUCAACACAGCAGCCCUCAAGCACAUCUGCUCCUACAAGCGUCCCGUGCACGAUGCCCUCCGCGCACUGAAGCUCGUCCAGAGAUGGCUGCUGAACAACCCGAGGCUACUCGAGCAACCCUUGCACGAGUCCACCGACAUCAUCGAGGUCCGGCGGCUGAUAAUAACCCCAUCCAAGGCCUACUGUCUUCCUCCGGAGGUUGAGCUGUCAAACCGAGUCCUCAGGCACUACAAGGACGUGGCCGACCGCUUCCUUCGGGUCACGUUCACGGACGAGGCCAUGCUCACGCUCAACAAAAAUGUCCUGACCUACUACGUGGGCCCCAUGGCCCGGGGCAUCACGUCGGGCUCUGCCUCACAAAGGACCGCCAUGUUCAAGCGGGUCAAAGACGUGCUGACCAACGGUUUCCACCUGUGCGGCCGCAAGUACUCUUUUCUCGCCUUCUCUUCGAACCAGCUGCGGGACCGUUCGGCCUGGUUCUUCGCGGACCACAAGAGCACUGGAGUUGCCAACAUCAAGAGCUGGAUGGGGAAGUUCACUAACCGAGUCGUGGCCAAGUGCGCGGCCAGGAUGGGGCAGUGCUUCUCGUCGACCUACGCCACGGUGAAAGUCCCCCUGACCGAGGUCGACACGAAAAUCGAGGAUGUCGAGAAUAAUAAUUACGUUUUCUCGGAUGGAAUCGGAAUGAUCACGGAUGACCUGGCGCGGGAGGUUGCCGAGAGGCUCCAGCUUAGAACGAAUCCGCCGUGUGCUUACCAGAUAAGGUACGCCGGCUACAAGGGAGUCGUGGCACGCUGGCCGAAUUUACAAGGCAGACACCGCCUGUAUCUCAGGCCAAGCAUGAAGAAAUUUGAGUCGACCCACACAACGCUCGAGAUCUGUUCGUGGACUCGGUUUCAGCCGGGUUUUUUGAACAGGCAAAUUGUCACGCUUUUGUCGGCCUUAGAGGUCGGGGACAAUGUGUUCUGGGAAAUGCAGGAGAAGAUGGUCUCGGGGCUUGAUAGAAUGCUCGAGGACACGGAUACGGCUUACGAUGUUCUCAGUGGUUCGUGUUCCGAUCAGGGGAAUACGGCCGCUAUAAUGCUUAGCGCCGGCUUCAGGCCACAAACUGAGCCUCACCUUCGGGGGAUGCUGACGAGCAUUCGUACAGCUCAGCUCGGGGACUUGAGGGAGAAAGCAAGAAUAUUUGUUCCUUCUGGAAGGUGGCUGAUGGGCUGUCUGGACGAGAGUCGGGUACUCGAACAUGGGCAGUGUUUUGUCCAGGUGUCGACCCCUUCUUUGGAGAACUGUUUUGUGGGCCACGGUCCGGAGUUCUCGGGGUAUGAUAGGAAGAUGCAGGUGGUCAGAGGGCUCGUGGCUAUAGCGAAGAACCCGUGCCUUCACCCGGGGGAUGUGCGAAUUCUGGAGGCAGUCGAUGCCCCGGAGCUGCAUCAUUUAUAUGACUGCCUUGUUUUUCCGCAGAAGGGUGAAAGGCCCCACCCGAAUGAAGCUUCGGGGAGUGAUUUGGACGGGGAUUUGUAUUUUGUGACGUGGGAUCAAAAUCUUAUUCCUCCGAGCAAAAGGAGCUGGACGCCUAUGGAGUAUGCUCCUGGCGAGGAAAAAAAGCUGCCGCGCGACGUGAAGCAUUCGGACAUAAUCGAAUUUUUCACAAAAAACAUGGUGAACGAGAGCCUCGGUGCCAUCUGCAACGCGCACGUGGUCCAUGCUGACUUAAGUGGCUAUGGCGCCCUCGACGAGAAGUGUAUAAAACUAGCCGAGCUCGCGGCAAUAGCCGUCGAUUUCCCCAAGACGGGCAAGGUGGUGACUAUGCCCCCGGAGCUCAAGCCAAAGAUGUACCCCGACUUCAUGGGUAAAGAAGAAUUUCAAACUUACAAGUCGACCAAAAUUCUGGGCAAGCUCUACCGUAAAAUCAAGGACACUUACGACAAGGGCUACGAAUCCUCUUCCGAUAGUGCAUUCGAUUUUGAGAACAUAACCUACGAUAGUGCACUCGAGAUUGCGGGGUCCGCAAGCUUUAUUGACGACGCAUGGAGUCGAAAGUGCUCGUAUGACGGGCAGCUGCUCGGCCUUUUGGGACAGUACAAGGUGAAUAGAGAGGAAGAGCUUGUGACGGGCCAUAUUUGGUCGAUGCCUAAAUACACGAGCAAAAAGCAAGGGGAACUGAAGGAGAGGCUCAAGCAUGCGUACACCAACCUGAGAAAAGAAUUUCGGAAGAUAUUCGAGGCCUUAGGUCUGGAGUUUGACGGUCUAACGGAUGCCGAGAAGAACUCGAUGUAUGAAAAGAAGGCAUCCGCAUGGUACCAGGUGACGUACCAUGAGAGCUGGCUGAGAAAGUCGAAGGAGAUGCAGAUGGUGGACGAUGGCGGGAAAGUGGUGAUGCUGAGCUUUGCGUGGAUUGCGGCUGAUUACCUUGCUCGGAUUAAGAUAAGGCAGAGGAGGAUGGAGAACGGUAUCUCGUCUAGUAAGCCUAUCGAUUCUCUUGGAAGCUCUGGACAAAGCUUAGUGUAA